UUAUGUCUGAACAAUUUUCACAUUUGAGCUGCGAAGAACUUCGUAUUCCAUGUGGUCCAAUUGGAACAACAACUCGUAAAGUUUAUGAGAAGAGACUGGAGAAAAAAUUGGCGGACGACAGGAAAAAUCAAGUUAAUACUAGUCGAUCAUCGAAUCGCGAGAAUGUAGGAAGUUCUUCGGCAAGUUUGCGAAGUGUUCCACGGAGAAGGAGUUUUGAGGCGCCGGGUCGUGAGAAUGUCUUUAAUUCUUCAAUAUCCGCGCGUCAUGUUUCUCAGCAAAGUUUUGUAGCGCCGAAUCGCGAGCAUAGCUUCAGUUCCUCAAUUUCCUCACAAAACGUUUCUCGAAAGAGCUUUGAGGGGGGUCGUUUUUUAGAUGAUGAAGAGGAUGAUCAUAUGGAGUCUUCACGCAUUGUUUCACCGCAAAGACGAUUUACUGGAGGCAGGAAUGUUGUCAAUAAAAAAAUUUCGCCAAUCGAGAAAUUUAAGACUGCUUGGAGUUAUUUUUCUCGUUCUGUUGGGACUUCUACGCCGUGUAGUGAUUACAAUUAUCACAAUAAAUAUCCAACAAACAAGUAUCGACGUUCUGAUAAUUAUGCUAAUUUUUCUGAUGUCGGGACUAAACCUUCAUUUAAUUUUUCAACUAUUUCGGACCAUUCAAGAUGGAUUGUUUUAGCGGCUGUUGGAGUCCUUGUAACAAUCUUUUCAACUUAUAUUUAUAAAGUUCACACAGAAACUUUACAUUCAACUUUUGUUUCUGUCAAAGAUUUUUUCGUUUUUGCAUUUGGUUAUGCCUUUUUCCCUAUUAUGUACUUUUGUGGUGCCGUUCUUCUCUUUCUUUUCUUUUACAAAGUGUUUUACUGGCGCAAAAAUCGAAAAAUCCAACAUCAGGAAGCAAUUAUUCGACUUGUUGAAAGAAUUACAGAUCUUAUUUAUGAUUCAGGAUAUGCUGGAAUAGCAGAACCACAUGUUCGGGAUAUGUUGAUGCCUCCGACAAAACGAUCAAAUGAAGAUUAUGCCCUUUGGUUAGAAGCUGCUCGAUUUAUUAAUAAUGAAGAUUCUCGUGUUAGAACAGAAAUUCGUUUAAUUAACGGAACAGAAUGUAAUGUUUGGAUUUGGAUUGGUGCUGGAAAACAACGUUGGCAGGGAACUGGUCGGUAA